AGUCUUGCCAGACCGCCUGGGUUUAGCAGCCACGUGAGUUUUCCGUGGCGGUCCUUACACGCAAGGUGGGCAGCAUGUCGGCGGCAGCGGCGGCUCGAAAACGCGGAAGGUCGGCCUCGGGGGCCGGGGCCGGUGCAGGGGCCGGCAAGCGGCGGCGGAAGGCGGAUUCUGCCGGGGAGAAGGGCAAGUCCAAGGGAGGCGGCAAGAUGAAUGAGGAGAUCUCCAGCGACUCCGAGAGUGAGAGCCUAGCUCCCAGGAGGACUGAGGAGGAAGAGGAGGAGGAGCUGGAGGAGACAGCCCAGGAAAAGAAGCUGCGCUUGGCCAAACUCUACUUGGAGCAGCUCAGGCAACAAGAGGAGGAGAAGGCUGAGGCCCAGGCAUUUGAGGAGGACCAGGUGGCAGGGCGCCUGAAGGAGGACGUGCUCGAGCAGAGAGGCAGGCUGCAGAAGUCGGUGGCAAAGGAGAUUCAGGCCCCAGCCCCGGCUGACAUCCAAGUCUUGCGGGGGCACCAGCUCUCCAUCACAUGCGUGGUCAUCACCCCCGACGACUCAGCCAUCUUCUCUGCUGCCAAAGACUGCACCAUUAUCAAGUGGAGUGUUGAGAGCAGACGGAAGCUUCAUGUGAUCCCACGAGCCAAGAAGGGUGUGGAGGGGCAGCCCCCCGGCCACGGCAGCCACAUCCUCUGCAUGGCCAUCUCCUCUGACGGCAAGUACCUUGCCUCGGGUGACCGCAGCAAGCUCAUUUUCAUUUGGGAGGCCCAGAGCUGCCGGCACCUGUACACUUUCACGGGACACCGGGACGCUGUGUCGGGGCUGGCCUUCCGCAGAGGCACCCACCAGCUCUACAGCACGUCCCACGACCGCUCUGUGAAGGUGUGGAAUGUGGCGGAGAACUCCUAUGUGGAGACACUCUUUGGGCACCAGGACGCCGUGGCCGCGCUGGAUGCCCUGAGCAGGGAGUGCUGCGUGACAGCCGGGGGCCGAGACGGGACGGUGCGCGUGUGGAAGAUCCCGGAGGAGUCCCAGCUUGUCUUCUAUGGCCACCAGGGCUCCAUCGACAGCAUCCAGCUCAUCAAUGAGGAGCACAUGGUGUCGGGUGCAGAUGAUGGCUCUGUGGCCUUGUGGGGCCUCUCUAAGAAGCGGCCACUUGCCCUACAGCGUGAGGCCCAUGGGCUGCGGGGGGAGCCAGGCCUGGAGCAGCCCUUCUGGGUGUCAUCGGUGGCAGCCCUUCUCAACACGGACCUUGUGGCUACAGGCUCCCACAGCUCUCGCGUGCGGCUCUGGCAGUGUGGGGAGGGCUUCCGACGGCUUGACCCUCUCUGUGACAUUCCCCUGGUGGGCUUCAUCAAUAGCCUCAAGUUCUCCACCGCUGGGGAUUUCCUGGUGGCUGGGGUGGGGCAGGAGCACAGGCUUGGCCGCUGGUGGCGCAUCAAAGAGGCUCGGAACUCCGUCUGCAUCAUCCCCCUCCGCAGGGCCCCCAGGCCCCCCACUGCUGGCUCCUGACUCCUCUCCACUUUAUUUAAGUCCUUCCCAGGCCAGGCCCUGCCCUCUUUGUAUUAAAAGCCUCCUCUUUUGG